GCACGAGCACGAGCACCGGCCUCCCUCCCUCCCUCCCUCCGUUGAACGCAGCGCAGCGACUCACCGCGGGGAGGACAGCGAGCCCACGGCGGCCGCACCGCCCGGCCCCGGCCCGGCCUCCUGCAGAAUGCUGGUCUUCAAUCAAGACGAUAGGUAAAGUAACGAAACAAACGUGUCUGGUGGAAAGUUUCAACACCGUGGACCCGUCAUCCGGUGUGGUGUUAGAAAAGGUAACGGUAAAAGGAUCCGAUUUCUCUUGCAUUAUGGAUGAGCAACCACAACAGUUUGCUGGAUUUCAGUCACAGAAACCUCUGCGUCCUGAUUUGGGCCUCAAUACACUGGGAAAUUUCCAAAUAGUGAAAAAGAUUGGCCGAGGACAAUUUAGUGAAGUCUAUCGAGCAUCCUGCCUACUAGAUGGGAUGCCUGUAGCUCUGAAGAAAGUGCAGAUAUUUGAAAUGAUGGAUGCCAAAGCUCGUCAAGACUGCAUAAAAGAAAUAGAUCUCCUAAAGCAAUUAAACCAUCCAAAUGUAAUAAAAUAUCUUGCUUCAUUCAUUGAAGAUAAUGAGCUAAAUAUUGUACUGGAACUGGCAGAUGCUGGAGACCUUUCUAGAAUGAUUAAGCAUUUUAAGAAACAAAAGCGGCUGAUUCCAGAAAGAACAAUAUGGAAAUACUUUGUUCAACUUUGCAGUGCCUUGGAACACAUGCAUUCUCGGCGUGUCAUGCACAGAGAUAUAAAACCAGCUAAUGUGUUCAUUACAGCAACAGGAGUAGUAAAGCUGGGAGAUCUCGGCUUGGGCAGGUUUUUUAGUUCGAAAACUACAGCAGCACAUUCUUUAGUGGGUACGCCAUAUUACAUGUCCCCAGAGAGAAUACAUGAAAAUGGAUACAACUUCAAAUCUGACAUCUGGUCAUUAGGUUGUCUGUUAUACGAGAUGGCUGCUCUCCAAAGUCCAUUCUACGGUGAUAAGAUGAACCUAUAUUCUCUCUGUAAAAAGAUCGAACAGUGUGAUUAUCCUCCUCUUCCUUCUGACCAUUACUCAGAAGAGCUUCGCCAAUUAGUAAAUAUCUGCAUUAACCCGGAUCCAGAGAAGAGACCAGAUAUUGCCUAUGUUUAUGAGGUUGCAAAACGUAUGCAUGCACUUUCUUCAGGAAGCUAAAGCAAAUUAUGCAUUGUGAAGAUGGAAAAGCACAAGAUAUGAACAUACCAUUUCACUGUUUCUGUAUUCUAUCGUUAGUCUAUUAUUCUACGUCUAAGGAUGGUUGUACAGAAUUCAGUAGUUCAGUGGAAUGAAAGUUAUACAGAUCCAUAUGAAUUCUUAAUGACACGGUUCUGUUUGCUGAACUGCAUUUAUUUUAAUGAUUACAUCCUCUCAGUGGCUUCAGUGUUUUAAUUUGUACACUGUUUCCAUUUCCGCACUUGAUAUUUUGAAAAUAAAAUUGGUGUGCCUACAGAUUUAUUUUACAAUUACAAGCAAACCUGUUUUCUGUAGGCCUGUGGACCAGGCUUUAUUGUGCCUUGUUAGAUAAACCCCUGCUCUUAUUUAUAGCAUUUACCACAUGCUGCAGCCCUUGCGAUAUUUUCUGUUGACCCUUAGAUACACGGUGGCAUUGUAUGAAUUUGCAGCAAGUUUUGGUAUGUUAUGCAAAUCAACAUUUGGUUUGUAUGGACCAAAUUCUCAAUUGCUUCAAUGUUCCAUGUAAGUCACAUAAAUGCUAACCAAAACACUAUUAAAUGUUCAUUGACAUUUAUGGUUUCUAAAA